GAGAAUCCAUUUAUAGAACGAUUCCGUUUGUUUUCUAAGUAACAGGCACUAGGCUCUCCCAAAACCUAUGUAUUUGUUUGUUAGUUGGAUACCACAACAGAUUGGAGCAGUAGAAUACGGAUUCACCCACUGGAUUGCCACAUUUAAAUUUAGUCUGAAGAUACAUAUGGACAAUGGACUCCAAACAAUAAACAAUUCGAUGAACAAAAGACUGCUUAAGGUAUGUUCAUACCAGAUACUUUAAGAAGCUGUAUGAUCGAGACGGACGUUUCUUCUUAUUUGCAAACAUCGUCGACAGGACAGGAUGAAUUUCACCCCUUUAUUGAAGCGCUUUUACCGUAUGUCAAAUCAUUCUCAUACUCUUGGUUUAACUUACAAGCCGCCAAACGAAAAUAUUAUAAAAAACACGAAAAACGAAUGUCAUUAGAAGAGGAAAGACAUUGCAAGGACGAACUUCAGAAUGAGAAGACGGAAGUCAAACAAAAAUGGGCUUCCCGCCUACUUGGAAAACUUAGAAAAGAUAUAACACAAGAGAGUCGGGAGGAUUUCGUGCAAUCAAUAAUCGGCAAACGUAAAUCAAUUUGUGUUCUAUCAAAUCCAGAUCAAAAAGGCAAAAUGCGACGCAUAGACUGUUUACGUCAAGCUGAUAAAGUUUGGCGACUUGACUUGGUCAUGGUUAUUCUUUUUAAAGCAAUUCCCCUGGAAAGCACAGAUGGGGAGCGCUUAGAAAAGAACCCCGAAUGCUUGCAUCCAGGACUUUGUGUCAAUCCGUACCAUAUUAAUGUCUCUGUCAGAGAGUUGGAUUUAUAUUUGGCUAACUUCAUAAACACUCAUAAUUCGGUCAAUCAGGCAUUGUCAACAGGACAAUCAGUGGAUUCCAGGUCUACAAAUGUGACACAAUAUACUCGCAAUUGUAUUCCUUUGGAGAACAAGGAAGAUGGUGUUGAUAUGAAAAAUGAAGGCGUGAGACAUAAUCCUUAUAAUGGAGUUGUGUGUAAUGAUAUUAUUUUAGCGACUGGUGUUUUCUCAUCGCAGGAACUCUGGAAAUUGUCGAAAGAUUCAAUAUUGGAUGACAUCAGUGACAAUAAUCUCCACUCAAACCUUAUUAAAAGGGAAAACGUGGGAGCUGCCUAUGAUUGCAACACAUAUCAUAUUAACUCAGAAUCUUCAAUGCCUGGCUCCCAGAGUUUAGUUCAAGCUGCGGCAAUUGUAGCUAAUCCAGUUCCUGGUGGUUAUAGUAUUGACUUUGUAGAUCAGAGGAGCUUGCAUUUAUCACAAAGUCCGUUACUAAACGCAGAAGUGCCUAAUGACGCGUCCACUGAUGCUAGUAAAGUCGAUCAAAGUAACUCGCCUCCGGUUGUUUCUCGGCCCAGUACUUCAGUUGAAAACUGCACCAGUAGCUUUUCGGUAAUCCUUCGAGCAACAGAAAGUAAUAACUCAAAUGGAGAGCCAACAGCCAAUUCGGACUCUGCCAUCUCGCUGCACCGCUACACGUCGCUUAACAGUAGACCAACACCGCAAUUCCGAGCUCCAGAAGGUAUUUCACACCCGAAUUGCUCUUCAUUGCUGUCGACUUCUAUCAGCCCAGUCAAUACACUGUAUUACCCCCAGCAUGGCAAUGUAAGGUCUUCUACGAUAGUUGACGAAGACCAGUGUCACCGUGUUGUUGCGGACAAAUAUUCUACAGAAUCCCAUGACAUUUCUGACUUUGUCACAUACGUUUGUCAAGAUGCUGGUCACUCAACAACAAUAUCGACAGGAACUAUUGAUCAUGCGUUUCAGCAUGCCCAUCCGCAUACGCACGUCUCUCAUAGCCACCCCUCGCAUUUUCAAAUUCAUCAACAACUAAGGAAUUCGAAAUUGGCUUCUUCGCCAGCUGCUCAUUAUCAUAGUACAAUGCUGCCUCCGAUGCUGCCACCGAUGGCACGACCAGUGGCAAUAAUACGGACUAGCGGAGACUUGGCAAUGGUUCACUCACCUCCUUCUCCAUCGGGUUCGACAAACCAUUCUCCGAAUACACCUAAUAAUAGCCUAGGCGUAGCAAAAAUAGGCUUGGAGCCAGAAAAUAGUAGAAAUACAAACACCAUGGAAGGCAACAACAGUCCAAUUAAUACAGAUUCCAGUUCACAUAGCGUUCACUGUACUACUCUAGUGACAUCCAUUUCGCCGCAACCACAACCACAACCCCAACCACCCCAACCGCAACCUCAGGCACCCUUGUCGACAAACCCCUAUCUGGAAAAUGGACGAUGUAAGCUUUCACCAGCAGCUUCCAGCUCCUUGAGUCGUAUAACUACCCAAAUGUAUCCAUCAUCCAAUGGCAGGGAAUAUUUUAACCACUUUCAUUCACAAUCUUCAUCGCUGCUGGGAUACGCUGGUUCUAUUUCCUCAAUGUCUGGUGUAAUAAGUCCGACCAACUUGAGCCUUUACUCAGCUCCAACUAUGGCUGUAACUCGUUCUAGUGCCAGGUCUCGAUGGAACGAUGACGAACUAAAUUUAAUUCCACACUCUGUAUCUAGUACAAAUAUAGAAAAUACUCAAGUUAUUUUAAUGGAAGACUCAUCAAAUCGUUAUAUCGAUGAAUACUCAGCUAACUCAAAUCGUGACUAUGGGUCAUGAUCUAUCGCCAAAAUGUCAUAAAUUGGAUGGACACUCGUGAGGCUUGGGCAUGCCAUCAUAUUGAUUAUUACAUAAAUAUAAGUACCUUAACAAAUAUCUACAUAAAGACACUGACACACACAAAAUGUAAAUCUUUAAACCAAUCGAUGAACCAAAAAAUUAAAUACAAUAAGUCGAGCAACGAUGCCAUGCUCUAAGUAUAUAGGAAUAACGUUUUAUUUAUUAACCGGCAACAAACUAAGCACAAUCGUAUUAUAUGUCAUUCUUCACGGUGCUUCGAUAAUGAAUUACUAAACACUGAAAUUUAAUAUUUUUAGUGAGAAGUGUGUGUGUGCUUAUUUUAUUUGAUUUUAAAGCAAUUUGAUCAGAUCUAAAAUACAUUGUAUAUGUAGCCGUCUUGCUUACAAAAAUGUACUUUAGACAUUAUCUCUUCGGCUUAUUAUUUUUGUAUUUUAAGUAACGUAACUUUAAGUAAGAAAUGUAGAGUAAUCAUUAUUGGGAUAUGAUAUCUAAAAAAUAUCAUAUGACAAUAUAAGGAAUAGUGACAACAAUAAUACAUUAAUUUACAAACAUGUAAUAUCGUUAAAUUACAUGACUAGUCAAAAAAAUUAAUUAUGUAUAUGAUGUACAUACAUACCUAAGAUACAAAUGUAAUUACAUAUAUUUGCAUAUAUGUAAAUGUACAUAGAUAUGUAUAUGUAUAUAUGUAUAUAUGUAUGUAUAUAUACAUAUGUAUAUAUACAUAAAUAUAUUCCUGGCUUUCGUACAUGAGAUAUGAAAAAAAAAGUUAUUUCAAUAGAUGAUAUUGCAUGUGCCCUUUUUAAAACAUUAUUAAUUUAAAUUUCUAAUAUAUGAUUUAAACAAAAGUCUAAUAUAUGGUCACAAUGCAAAACACCUUGCACUGGCCAAACAAAGCUGGUGUUCAGCGCCAGCGGCCCAACAAUCGUAACCAAAACUAUGGUUUAAGUUUAUGUACAUAUGUAUGUAUGGAAUAUUCGAAGGCUUCUCACUCUAUAUGGUCUAUUUGGGUGGAAGUCGAUUGAAAAAACAAAGCCCACUGAGUACUGAACAAAGCUUUUCUGUUUGGUUAAAUACUUAUGGGCAUCCAUAAAUACAUGUGUACAUGUAAAUUUACUAUGGUCAGUAAUAGUAAGCUUAAAUUUGUUUUAAUGUAAUAGCGAAACUGGCGUAAAUGAGUAUUUUCACAAGCAGGUACAUAGCGGUACGUUUUUUCUUUAAGCCUGAGAUAGAAAGGAAAGAUAAAGAUAAUAGAUUAAAUUUUUUAUAUGCGCCGUUAUUGGGUUCAUUGCAAUAAAAUAGAUAUUCUUUAAGAAGGUAAUUAUAAUUGUUAUUGUAUUUUUAUUUUUUAGUGUGCACACGCACACAGAUUUGUACAUAUGUAUGCAUCUAUCAUAAUAAGAAUAUAUGAAACUGGAAAGACGUACAGUACACAACUUAAUUAAGUAACUUUUAAAACUUUAGAACAAUAAUAGCUUUAAGUCGGUGGCAAAGGGCAUGUGAA